GAGAUCUCGCAGGCCUAGCUCUUAGCAGCGACUAAAUUUGAACACGACUACUUUAACACACAAGCCCCACGCAUAGCUCACCCUAAGUGCGAACACAGCUCCAACACGGAUGCAUCGCGCUUCUCGCGAAACCCGCGAAUCGUUCCCGCCCUCCAACGGAGUAGAAGCCGCUGGGCUCCCGAAGCUGAAGUUGGCGUUGGUGUCUUUGCCAUACCAUCUCAGAUUUUCUGUCACUCUCGUGUGCUUCGCAAGGGCCCCCGCGCUGAGAAAUACCUCUACUACGACAUCGCCGUUUUCCAGCCCGGAACUUCACGGAAGCGUUCUCGUUCUCGACGAUCUCAUCGGACAGACCGAAAGCGAAGAGGUUCUCAGUCCAGGAGACGGUCACUCGUGACCUCCUCGUUAGCCACCCCAGCUCCUAAAGAGCUCCGAUCAUCGACGAAAAUAUUGUUGGGGUAACCCUGAGCGUUAGAACUGUGGCGCUGAGAUAUCGACAAAGCUGUCGUGCGUGUUCUUCACCAUCUCACUCCGUAUAUUCCUGC